UUAUAUUGAUUCGCAUCCUUUGUGCCGAAUGUUGUUAUUAAGGGUGCCUGUUGUUCAGUGGAGCUUUUUACGCAACAUACAGAUUUUACCGGCAUUAUAUCGAUCCACCAAAAUGUCGGAAUGUGUACGUGAGAUAGAUGGAGACCUAUUUUCGGCCCCAAAGGAUUUCUCAUUGGCGCAUUGCGUAGCUGCCGAUCUGAAGAUGGGCGCAGGAAUCGCCAUCAAGUUCAACCAGACGUUCAAAAGAGUAGACGAACUAAAAGCUCAGCAAGUUGACGUCGGAGGUGUUGCCGUCCUGAAAGACAAUCAACGCUUCAUUUACUACUUAAUCACGAAAAAGGGAUCUUACAAUAAACCCACCUACGACGAUCUUAUAAGAUCUCUGAUGGCAAUGCGGAAGCACAUGCUCGAAAAUGGGGCCAAAAAAUUAGCGCUACCUCGCAUCGGUUGUGGCAUCGAUGGCUUAGAGUGGACGAAUGUAAAAAAUAUUCUAAAUGAUACCUUCGGAAAGGAGGGGGGUGAUUUUGAAAUCGUAGUUUACAAUUUUGUUCCAAAGUAGAAUUUACAUAAAUUUUGGUUGCCAUGUUCCUUAUAAAUUAUUAUUUCAAUCAAUAAAUGAAUCUCGUACA